GGCCCUUCCCGGAAGCGGCGAGGAGCGCGCACGGCGGGGCGUGUACGGCCUUCAUUCGCCAUUCCUGAGGGUGGGAGCUGAGAAAGCGGGGAUCCGAGCCGGGACCGCGUGCCACGCUGAAACAUGGCCGAGCACGAACCCACCUCAGAGCAGCUGGCCCAGAUUGCCGCAGAGAACGAGGAAGACGAGCAUUCCGUCAACUACAGACCCCCGGCCCAGAAAUCCAUCCGGGAAAUCCAAGAGCUCGACCAGGACGACGAGAGUCUGCGCAAGUACAAGGAGGCGCUGCUGGGGCCGCUGCCGGCUGCCAUUGACCCGCAUGCUCCGAAUGUGGUGGUAACCAAACUGACCCUGGUGUGUGCGAGCGCCCCUGGCCCGCUGGAGCUGGAUUUGACGGGUGAUCUGGAGAAGUUCAAAAAGGAGUCGUUCACUUUGAAAGAAGGUGUGGAAUACAGGAUUAAAAUCAGCUUUAAGGUGAACAAGGAGAUCGUAUCCGGCUUGAAGUACCAGCAGCAGACGUACAGAAAAGGCGUGAGGCUGGACAAGUCAAACUACAUGGUUGGCAGUUAUGGCCCCCGUGCCGACGAGUACGAGUUCCUCACCCCAAUCGAGGAGGCUCCCAAAGGCCUGUUGGCUCGAGGCUGUUACAACAUGAAAUCUCUCUUCACUGAUGAUGACAAAACCAACCACCUCUCCUGGGAGUGGAACCUGAACAUCAGCAAAGAAUGGAAGAACUAGGCCGGAGCCAGAGCAGUCUCCCGAAAGGGGUCCCGACGCCCCCCCCCACUCCUUCCACUCUCUGAGAAGAGUGGUGUCUCCUCUCCCUCUCCCCCCCCCCACCGCCCCCCCCCGAAAAUGCCAAGUGGGUUUGACAUUUCCGUCUGUAGUGGGCGCCGUCUGUCUAACCCGGCUCUGCCUUCCUGUGUUAUGCGCUGCAGGACAUCUGGGAUGGAGGGGACGGUUUGUCUGCCCACUUCUGUCACCUCAGCUGAAAGUAGGGGUUCGAAGCUUCUCUGUUCCCCGAAAGGCAGGGUCAGCCGUGACGAGCCCCCCUCUCCUCCCAUCCACCCAGACUCAUAAAUAUUGUGAUUGCCUCCUGGUUUGCCGCCCGUCCUGCAACGUGUGUGCGUGUUUUUAUUUUUAUGUAGCCAUGUUGCCUUAAUAAUUAGUAGAUCUGUUGCAA